CACUAGCCAGCCGUCUACUGCGAGAUAGUAACGAAGUCAAAACAGUGAAGCUGAGAGCUGAGAAUGAGUGAAAAUGGCGAAGCCCCAAUCUCUAAGAUGGUAUCUUCGGAUGAAGCCCUUGAGAUAGUGCUGAGCGUUGCUCAGCGCCUGCCGCCGAUCAGCGUGCCGCUCCACCAGGCUCUAGGCAGAGUUUUGGCCGAAGAUAUCACUGCUCCUGAUCCUCUUCCUCCUUACCCUGCCUCUAUCAAGGAUGGAUAUGCAGUUGUUUCUUCUGAUGGACCAGGUGUGUAUCCUAUAAUAACUGAGUCAAGAGCAGGAAAUGAUGGACUUGGUGUGGUUGUGACUCCUGGAACUGUUGCAUAUGUAACAACUGGAGGACCAAUACCUGAUGGUGCUGAUGCUGUUGUGCAAGUAGAGAACACUGAAUUGUUGUUAGAUGCUGCAAAUGAAUCAAAGCAAGUACGGAUAUUGAAGGGAACUAGCCCAGGAGUUGAUAUUCGUCUGGUGGGGUCUGAUAUUGCAAAGGGUGAUGUAGUAUUGAAAUCCGGGGAGCACUUAGGGGCUCCAGAAAUCGGUUUACUAGCCACAGUUGGGGUGACUAUAGUGCAGGUGUAUCCUACUCCUACAAUUGCUGUCCUCUCCACAGGUGAUGAGCUUGUAGAGCCAGAAGUUGGAUGCUUAGCCCGGGGUCAGAUAAGGGACUCCAAUCGUGCAAUGAUCCUUGCUGCUGCAACAGACCAGCACUGCAGAGUUAUUGAUCUUGGUAUAGUUGGUGAUGAUGAAUGCCAGAUUGAAGAAACCUUAGACCAGGCCUUCUCUUCUGGAAUCAAUAUCCUUCUAACCUCUGGAGGUGUUUCAAUGGGAGACAGGGAUUAUGUCAAGCCUUUACUUGGAAAGAAGGGGAAAUUAUGUUUUCAGAAGGUAAACAUGAAGCCUGGCAAACCUCUUGUAUUUGCUGAAAUCCUUCCUAGAUCAACUGACGUGACAACUAAUAAGAUUUUGGCAUUUGGUUUACCUGGAAACCCGGUGGGCUGCAUGGUCUGUUUCCAUCUUUUUGUGGUGCCAGCUAUUCGACAUCUUUCUGGAUGGGCACAUCCUCACCUUCCAAGAGUGCAAGCUCGGCUCAAACAGUCAAUAAAGCCAGAUCCUGCCCGACCUGAAUUUCAUCGUGCCAUUAUCAGCUGGCAGUUAAACGAUGGAUCUGGCCUUCCAGGGUUUGUUGCCGAGAGCACAGGUCAGCAAAGGAGUAGUCGACUUCUGAGUAUGAAGUCAGCAAAUGCCUUACUGGAAGUGCCUGCAUCCAGCAGUUCAGUUCCGGCUGGUGCUUCUGUGGUUGCAAUUGUUAUUACCGAUAUAAGCCAUUUUCCAAGUAAUAGAAGUCUGCAAUCAACAGAGUCCUGCCGCUCUCAGUCGGGGCAUAGGCCACAAGAAGUUAAUGCUCGUGAGUCCCAAAAUUCUGAGUCCAGAGUAGCUAUUCUCACAGUUAGUGAUACUGUUGCAGCAGGAGCAGGGCCUGAUCGGAGUGGUCCACGGGCAGUUUCAGUUGUGAAUUCAUCAUCAGAGAGGCUAGGAGGGGCAAGAGUAGUUACAACAGCUGUUGUUCCAGAUGACAUUCAAAAGAUUAGGGAUAUUUUGCAGAGGUGGUGCGAUAUUGACAACAUGGAUCUUGUUCUUACCCUAGGUGGGACUGGAUGUUCUCCAAGGGAUGUUACUCCUGAAGCUACCAAACCUUUGAUUCAGAAAGAGACACCUGGUCUUCUACAUGUCAUGAUGCAGGAGAGUUUAAAGGGUAUAUAUUUAAAAGCCGCCAGUUUUAGGGAGCUAGCCGAGGCAAUGAUGGCUGGCGAGGAGAGGAAUCUCAUUGAGAUUUUAGAAGAGAAUCACCCUAUAGACUUCAACAAAUAUAUCAGUUACGUUCAGUCCCCACAGUGUGGUGCUAUAGCCACUUUUGCUGGCACAACUCGUGAUACAUUUGAUGGCAAACAAGUACUAGAGCUUAGAUACGAGGCAUACACUCCAAUGGCAAUACGUUGUAUCCAGUCUAUGUGCUCCUCUGCUCGAUCGACCUGGAAUCUCCACUCAAUUGCCAUUGCCCACUGCCUGGGACCCGUUGCAGUCGGGGAGACCAGUGUAUAUGUUGCAACAUCAGCUGUUCACCGAGCAGAUGCGUUGGAUGCGUGCAAAUUCCUGAUCGAUGAGAUCAAAGCAUCGGUUCCCAUUUGGAAGAAGGAAGUGUAUACUAAUGGAGAGGUUUGGAAAGAAAACAAAGAGUUCCUGGAGAGAAGGCUGGAUACUGAGAAUUUGACAAAAUCACAGGGCAUUAAAGUUGAGCCUCAUGAUAAGAAGGGGUGCUGCUGUGGGACAAAGGUUAGAAUUGAUGAUAAAAACUGCUGAUUCCUUCUACAAUGACCCCUCCCCAUCAUAUUAAAAAAGAAUAAAGAUAUUGCAGACUUGCAGGCAUGUAAAAAUAAAAAAUAAAUUAUUACAGUUCUAUUAAAUGAAAUAAAAAAUAAUUUGUACUCCUUAUACUUCAACCUCACCUUACGUGGCGAGAUCUGAUGGUCUUGUGUGAAACUGUUUCAUAUGAGUUUUUGUGUAAGAAGAUAGAACUGACAAUCAUAUUGAUGGUCAUUCAUUCAUGUCCAGAUCUGUUGGUCUUGUGUGAAACUGUUUCAUACGAGUUUUUGUGUAGCAAGAUAGGAUCGACAAACGUAUUGAUGGUCA